AUGGCCAAGAGGGCGUCCUCAGGCAUGUUUGCAGCGCGCAGUGUGGCCGGUGGGCGGGGUUUGGGGAGGAAGAGCGGAAAGAUCUUCUCAAGUUUCUUCAUGUGGGGCUCCAGGCAGGGUCAUUUGGCCAGGAGUGUCAGGCUGGCAGCUGCUGCGUAUGGCUCGCCACGCCACUCGUCGCCACGCCAGUCUCGGUACGCGCGUGCCAGGUUCAAGAUGCGUGCCAUGGCGUCUGCCUGUGUUGCGGGGUCCUUCACCGCCCUUAGCAAGCUGUCUGCCCGGCACGAAUUGUGCCAAUCUGACCCAGCUGCCCGGCUCAAAGAAGAAGGCUGGUUCCAGAUGACAGCGUACCACUCUGGAAUGGCCGCUGCUCGGCGCUCGCCCGUACAUCUGCCUUGGAUGUCGCUGCACUUGAUGCUUGCGGCUCUCUUGCUCCUUGCACAGGCCGACGCACAUCAGAUGAACCAGGCUGCCAAGCUUAACCGGCGCCUGAUGCAAGAUUUUGCCCCGAUCCCAGCCCCUGCUGGAGCGCCCCUGCCUGAGGCCCCACCCAUCACCCUGGGCACCAUCCCCAUCAUCACAACCCCAGUCUUCAUCGCGCCAGCUGCGGUGGAGCCCAUUCUGCCGGCCGUGGCCUUUGCCCCGGCGCCCAUCCCCACCCCUGAGCUCCUGCCUGCGCCGCUGCCGGCACCGGUGCCCGCGCCAAUCGAGCCUGGGCUGCCCAUCCCCGCAGAGCCCCUGCCCCUGCCAGAAAUCGUGCCCAGCCCACAGCUGGCGCCCGUUGUGUUGGCCGCCUCGGGACCCCCCACUGCCCCGGCCCCCCCGCCACCGCCGCCGCCCCCUCCGCCGCCGCCACCACCGCCGCCGCCACCGCCGCCGUCCAGCCGAAGUCCGCUCAUCACCACGCAGAGUCCCAGCUCGCCACCCCCUAAUCCACCCCCAUCCCCGCCACCCCCUACUCCACCCCCAAAACAGCCACCCCCUAGUCCACCCCCGCCGGCGACUCAGCUCGCCAGCACCGCAGACCAGUUCUUGAGAGGACCUGCAUCAGCGCCGCCUGUAACAGCACCGCCACCGGUAAAGGCACCUCCCCCCCCGCCGCCACCUCCACCGCUGGCGCCUCCCCCCCACAGCCCACCGCCUUCACCGCCCGGUAGCCCAAGCCCCCCGCCCUUCGUGCCAAAGUCCCCAAGUCCCCCACCCGCGGCCUCCCCACCACCGCCCAGAAGCCCGAGCCCACCGCCUGUUGUGCAGAAAUCUCCCAGUCCCCCGCCUUUUGUGGCGCGGUCCCCUAGUCCCCCACCGUUGGCCUCCCCACCGCCACCGCCACCGCCACCCCCAACAAGCCCACGGCCGGCGCCUGUUCAGGCGCGGUCCCCCAGCCCGGUCCCCCCGGCGGCCUCCCCGCCGCCACCGCCACCCCCCGUAAGCCCGAGCCCCCCGCCGGCUGCUGCGGCCAGUCCUGUGCCUGUGCCCUCUCCGCCGCUGCCCAGUCCCAGCCCGCUGCAGGGUCAGGCUGUGGCCUCCCCCACUCCAGUCAGCCCACCUCCACCACCGCCGGCCAUUGUGCAGACACCAGAAGGACCGGUAGAUGUCUCGGCAGCACUGCAAGCGGCGGCGGCAGCAGGGCCAAACUCUUCACCAAUAAUCCUCUUUGUUCAGGGUCAAUCGCCUCCAAUUCGCCUGAAUGCACCCCAGGCGCAGCCGCCCCCGCCCCAGAGUCCCCCCAAUUCACCACCGCCGCCCCCCAUCUCACCCUCUCCGCCCCCAUAUUCACCCCCGCCGACGCCGGCUGUGCCGCCGCCGUCUCCAAUUGUGCAAAUGGAUGGGGCCAAAGCAGACCUGAAGCAUGUAGAGGAGAGUAUCGAAGCGAACGAGCAAGAGCGCCGAGAAGCAGCAAGGGUUAAGGAGCCGCCUGAACUCAUUGCUGCUAUUGACAAGGAGAUUGAUUGGCUGAUGGCGCAGCAGCAGAUAGACAGGCUUUGGUCGGAGGUGCAGCGUAUUGAGCAGAAAAUUGAGAAGCAGGAGGCAAAGAUCGAAGUGGCCAGAACGGACGAGAAGCCCCAGAAGCUCAUAGACAGCUACAAGGAGGAGUGGGCUCGGCUAGUCGCAUUGGAGAAGGAUUUGCGCCAGGAGCGGAUGGCCUUGCAGACGCAGCUGAUUACCCCAGCAGGCAGGAGGGUCGUAGAAAAUCAGGCGUCCAUCGGCAAAGAUCAUCGCCCCCUAGGGAGGCGUCUUGUGGCAAUUGGUGCCACCAAGCCAGACAGCAACUUCUAUGUGGAGAGUGCCAUGGUGGACAGCCUGGCCAAUGACAUGGCCACAGGCUUGGUCGCAUACGUGGAUCUCAGUGUUGCGGCAGCGAGUGCUUUUGACGAGGCGGUCACAGAUGCGGAACCAAUCUGGAGGGAGGUGCUGGAGGAAUUUGGCAUUGCCCGGAUGCCUGGCAAGUCAAGCUACCGGAGCUUCAGGACAUUUUUGAAGCGUCCCAAGGGCCCACGAGUGGCAGUGGUGUUUGAUGAGCUGUGUGGCCAAAUGCUGGUGGGCACGCUGCGCAUGGACGAGGCCAUCCCCAGUGCCCAUGACGGCAUCGCAUGGCCCAAGCUCAUAGUGGGUGCGCAACAGUCCCCUUCUCGCUUCUCGCCCACCGAGGUCGGUGAGCUCUUCCGCCAGAUAGUUGCCGCACGCAACAGGCGCCUCAGUGACUCCAUUGAGGACUGGGCGUUCUUGCUGUGGAGCCACACAGAGGGCUGUAAGGGCCUCACGGGGAUUUGUCUGGGAGAGCUGGACGACGAGUUCUUCAGCACCAUGUCUAUCUGCAAGCUCUCAGAGUGGGAGAAGUCUCUGCAUCACAUUCUGGUCAAGCUCCUGACAAGAGGUACUACGACGGCAUACGACCGCAUGAUGAGCGCUGUGGACACCUCUGAUCCGACCAUGCAGGCGAUCAUCGAGAACCUUAUGUUAAUUGGGCGCCAUGCAGUGCCUAGUCCUGACAGCCUCUGCAACGCCGAAUAUGAACUGCUGUGCGACGGGGUUGUCCGCCUCGCGGGUGUGGCGGGAGGUCACUACCUCGAGGCGUCCUCCCCCAUGCUGGCUGCGGCUAUGCUAAACGCCGCCCUCGAUUUAGUUCAAGAUUUGCCACAGCUACCGGCGCCGCCGGCAGAGUCCACCGCCCGGGUAUUGGGGGAGUACCUUUUGGAGAAUGCUUUGGGCCAGUUCCAGAGCAGCAGGCUACUGCAAGAGAACGUCCGAACAUCUGAUGGCCAGCAAGUGCUGGAGUGGGCAUUGCAGCAUGAGCUCAGCCGGGGCCUGCACCUCGUCCUUCGCAGCGCUGUGUUGUUCACCACCCUGGAGUUCAAGGAUCUGAAGAUGGCAGUGGAGGUACGCAACACAGCAUACCACGCCCCAGCAGCCAGCAGCAGCAGCAUGAUUGACGGCGCGCCGGCUGAGAGCCAGAACAGCAUGGGUGCUGGCAUAGCGGAGUCAGCUCGCAACACUGGCCUGCCAAGUGUGUCGCGGGGCAGCAGCGCCAGCCAGUAUGCAGGUGCAACAGAGGCUGAUAGGUGCAGGCGGCUGCAUUUGUAUGUUGGCAAUGGUCAGUACAGCACCAGCUAUGAGCUCAGCUCCGCAGCCUCAGCUGCGGAUCUCAUGGAGCACGUCCAGCGCGGUGUCAAAUACCGCGACCAGCACAACUAUCAGGUGUUUGCUGUGAACCUGCAGCGCCCCAAGCGGCCGCCCAAGAAUGCUUUGCCGCCUGUUGAGGCGCAGACUCAGGCAGAGCUAAAGGAUGCGAUGGGGAGUUUUGCGACCUGGCCAAAAGAGCGCUUUGACAAGGUGGUCUUUGUCAACGUGCUGCUGGAGCUGGAGCUGGGACGCGUCCUGCUGCAGUACGUGGACGAGCCAGACGUGGUGAAGGUGAUUCAGCUCAGCGUGCCUCAGGGCCAAGUCCGGAGUCAGCUGUCUGGCCGCACCGCAUUGCGCCCGGUAGCUGAGCAGAUAAUGUUUGUGGACCUGAGCUGGGGCGGAAAGAUGGGCGAGGUCACUUACCCCGCCUUUGUGAACAAGAUUUUGACGCGUGUCAUCAGCGACCCGGCAGGCCCGGCAGGCAAGCCCAUAGAGCAGAAACACGAUCUGGACUACCUGAAGCGCAGCUUGAACAGCUGCAGCCCGUUCCCGGCCACGAAUUACAAGCUGAUGUGA